AUGAGAGUGAGUCCAUACACGUUCCUCGCUCUCUCCACGUUCGGUGCUGUAGUGAUUUUUCGGGGGCCUUAGUUCGGGGUUCUCGCUCGCUUUCAUGGUUCUUAAAACGGUCACUCAUGUACAGCUUGGCAUUUAAAACCCGAAACAGCCCUUCACAAAAGACUUCACUCAGGUGGGGCGACUGCUGUUUCCGAGCUCUUUUAAGCCACAAUUAGUGUGAUAAAUAGCCAACGACGACUGUUAAACUCAUUGUUAUUGCAUUGAUAGAUAUAUUUUUUGUUGAGGACACUAUAUUAACAAGAGAGGAUUUAAAAAAGUAUUUAUUAGUCAAGAUUUAAAUUAAUCUGAUUCACUCUUUAAUGUCUUUGUUAAGCAAAUUAACAAAAAUAAUUUAGCGACUUAGUCUAUUGCCCAAAUAGUUCUUCCAUACCUUCGGAGAAGAAUCGCCGUUAAACAGGACUAAAUCAUGAUUAACAUAAGCGGCGUGGUUUCCGUCGUACUCUUCUACUUGCUCAUUUUGGGUGUUGGGAUUUGGGCGGCGAGGAAAAAACAGGCCGGAAAUGACUCGGAAGAGGAGGUCAUGCUCGCGGGAAGGAGCAUCGGCCUUUUCGUCGGGAUAUUCACGAUGACAGCAACAUGGGUUGGUGGUGGAUAUAUAAACGGCACCGCAGAAGCCAUAUACACAUCCGGUCUCAUAUGGUGCCAAGCCCCGUUCGGUUAUGCCCUAAGUCUCGUUUUUGGCGGUGUGUUCUUCGCUAAUCAGAUGAGGCAGCAGGGUUAUGUCACCAUGCUGGAUCCUCUCCAGGACAACUUCGGAGGUCGGAUGGGCGGUCUGCUUUUCCUUCCCGCUCUGUGCGGGGAGGUCUUCUGGGCUGCUGGGAUUCUCGCAGCUUUGGGAGCUACCCUGAGCGUCAUCAUUGACAUGGACCACAGGACGAGCGUCAUCCUGAGUUCGUGCAUAGCGGUUUUUUACACCCUUUUCGGCGGACUUUACAGUGUCGCCUACACCGAUGUCAUCCAGCUGUUCUGCAUUUUCAUCGGCCUGUGGAUGUGCGUCCCGUUCGCGUGGGCAAAUGAGCACGUCAAGCCUCUUUCUAGUCAGGAAGUCGACUGGAUCGGAGCGGUGAAGCCUGAGGAGUACGGCUUCUACCUCGACUACGGCCUCCUCCUCAUUCUCGGUGGGAUUCCAUGGCAGGUGUAUUUUCAAAGGGUGCUGUCCAGCAAAUCGGCCAGCAGAGCUCAGAUCUUGUCGUACGUCGCGGCUUUUGGCUGCGUCAUAAUGGCCAUCCCUCCAGUCCUGAUCGGAGCUAUUGCCAGAUCCACAGCAUGGAACGAAACAGCUUAUCAAGGGCCGUACCCGCUCACGGCGACUGAGACUAGCAUGAUACUGCCGAUGGUACUUCAGUACCUGACUCCGGACUUCGUUUCCUUCUUCGGCCUCGGAGCAGUCUCGGCGGCCGUCAUGUCGUCCGCCGACUCCAGCGUUCUCUCCGCCAGUUCCAUGUUCGCCAGGAACGUUUACAAACUCAUAUUCCGCCAAAGGGCAUCGGAGAUGGAGAUCAUUUGGGUGAUGAGAAUAUCUAUAUUCGUCGUCGGCAUCCUGGCUACAAUAAUGGCUCUUACAAUACCAUCGAUUUACGGCCUUUGGUCGAUGUGUUCCGAUCUCGUCUACGUCAUUUUAUUUCCACAGCUGCUCAUGGUCGUCCAUUUUAAGGACAACUGCAAUACUUACGGUUCCUUGGCUGCGUACAUCAUGGCCCUUUUGGUCAGGGUCUCUGGAGGAGAACCUUUGCUGGGACUUCCCGCUCUUAUACAUUUUCCAGGAUGGGACGGCGAACGGCAGCUUUUCCCUUUCAGGACCAUGGCCAUGCUCAUCUCGCUAAUUACGCUUAUCGGGGUCUCCUGGGGAACAAAGCACGUAUUUGAGGUUGGUUACUUGAGCCCUGGCUACGAUUUGUUCAGAUGCGUCGUCAACAUCCCCGAGGACGUGGUUAGGGUCGGGGAACCUGCGGAGGGCGAGAUGGCCGUGAUGACCUCCGGCUCGAUGGGUCCCCUGUACGGCACAUCGACUGAAGCCACGCUUGUCGGCAAGGACGAGAUGAACGGCAGGAUAAACCCCGCCCUGGAGACGGACGACGACGAUCCGGCCCUCGACCUCGGCGAUAUGAAAAAACGGGCCGGCAGCGUGUCGCAGCAGCCCAAUUCUCAGACUCAACUCUAAGUUCCCCGUGCUCGACCCGAAAGGUAGUCAAAACACCGAAUUGCAUUUAUAGAUUAGGUUCACGCGCACGUGUUAGGCAGAAUUAAAAUAAAACAAAAAGGGUCUUGCGAUUUUAGUCCUUGAUAAAAUUGUAAAACGAUAAAGUUUGCUUAAAAACAGUCGACCUCCUGCGACAUACAGUCUUUCUAAUAAUCCACGCUUAUCAAUACAAUAAAGGCCUCUUAUGUUAGUUUUUUGAAAAACUUGAAAAGUCAUUCAUUUUUUGGUAAGUUUUCACACAGUGUUAGGCCAUAAUAAACAUUUUUAAACUAAACAUAAACAAGUUUUACUAAAAUAAAUUACAACA